ACGGAGAGGUCACGUUCAUCGAGCGUCCGACCGGCACGACACUUUUCUUUGUUGUACGGCUAAAUUCUCUCCGAAUUUCGACUGCCUCGAUCACUUUAGUUCGCGUCGCGAGAUGAUAUAACGAUUAGGUUAGGUUAUAAUAUAACAAGUGCGAAAUUGUUUGCAGAAACAUUUGUUUGUCCGGCGUGACUCACGCGGCGAAUUUCGAAUCUUCCCCCCGUGAUUAAAGUGGAUUGACUGACUGAACGUGUCAAGUGUCUCUCGAAAAGGUGCGACGAAUGCGAGUUAAAUCGCGAGGCUCGCAGACUCCCGAAAUCAUGAGAGCGUUCUUUCGUUGCGUCGCGUUCGUCGUGACGAUCGCGGCCACCGUCACAUCAGAGCCCAACGACCUGACCAAGUCGCAGAUGACGAUCCUCAAGUGCUGCCGACAGGGCGAGGAAUUGCGAGGAUCGGAUGACAACGGAUUACCGCGCUGCGAGCAAACGUCGAACGAGUGGAAGCCGUUGAUUUACUCGCCGAUGGGACAGAGUUUCGUCGAGACUCUGCCCGACGAGUGGCACGUCAUCGACGGCCGAAGACCGGAAUGCGAUGAUCGUUCGGAGCUGAUCCACGUGCCCUACCGGAAAGCCAACCCGUUCAUCCUGCUCGUCGACGGGAACGUGGUACUCGAGAUCGACGACAGCAACAAAAUUCCCACCAGCCACUAUUGCGCCGAUUCGAACGCGCUGCUUGUGUGCAUGCAGAGGAAAUCGACGAGCAAUCAUGCCGCCGCGACGAUGAGACCGCGAGUGCGGCGAUGCUGCGGCGAGAACGCCACUUUCCACGAACACGGAAAUACUUGCGUUCAUUUAAAAGAGACCGAGAAUGCACCGCCCCUCCUGCCGAACGCGUCCUCCGUUGUCGAGAUCGUGGCGGGAUUUCCUACCUGCCCGAAAUCCGACAACUUCACGAUCCUAGGAGAGACGAAGGAUGCCGUAUUGCAGCCUGAUGGCGGUCUGGAAAUAAACGGCGUCGUUUUACCUACCGGCCAGUUUUGUGUUGAAAGAAUCAAGGAACUAAACCAGAUAGCCAAGGUGUUUGCCUGUCCGGAACAUGCACCACAAAGACCUGCAGUGCGUACGACGGACAUCAGAUUCACCCUAUAUCCUGUGGGCUUCAUUAUUAGCGCCGUCUUCCUGGCCGCCACCUUGGCAGCAGGUUGGCUAUUACCUGCCUCUCAUCACGUCUUGCACUGGCGCUGCCAGACUCAUCAUGUCGCCUGCCUGAUGAUGGGCGAUAUUCUCAUGGCUAUCAUUCAGCUCGCUGGGGAUUCCCUUCAUGGUGCAAGCUGCAAGGCGCUUGCGAUUAUGGCGCAUUUCUUUUUCCUGGCUGCUUUCUUCUGGCUGAACACAAUGUGCUUCAACAUCUGGUGGACAUUUAGGGAUUUGCGACCGGUUAGCUUGGAGAAAGGUCAGGAGACCCUUAGGCUCAGGGUCUAUGCCUGUUACGCCUGGGGUGGGCCCCUCCUGGUCGCCGGAUUGGCGGCCCUUCUGGACCAUCUCCCGUCUCAACCGCAAUAUACGUUCCUGAGGCCCCGGUUCGGCGAGAAGCAGUGCUGGUUCUACGGUGACAUGGAAAUCCUAGCAUACUUCUUUGGACCAGUCGGAGUACUCUUGGCUGUAAAUCUUCUGUUUUUCGCCGUAACUGCCCGAGAAUUGACGUGCGGUCUCUGGAAAGGCGAAUUCGUAAAAAGCACUACCGAGAGGGCAACGCUGGGCCGCAUAUGCAUGAAGCUGGUGAUCGUGAUGGGUAUCACCUGGGUGGCGGACGUGGUCUCAUGGGCGGUCGGCGGCCCGCAGUACAUCUGGUACUUCACCGACUUGAUAAACGCCUUUCAAGGAGUGCUGAUCUUCGCGACGGUCGGUUGCCAGCCGCAGGUCAGAGCGGCGCUCAAGAGAUUCUUCAGCAGAAAUCCGCAGACCAAUGCCGGUAGACAGGGUAACGGUCAUAGUACGACUAGCCAUGGCAUGCCCAGCAUGGGCGACAGCGUUACGCAGAACCCGAGCACCAAAACCGCGCCGUUGGAGACCAUCUGUUAGAGUGGCCCUUUCACGAAAGGGCCUUGUCGAUUUUUUUUCGAAAGUCACACGUAUUCACACCCAACAUACACACGUACAAUCGAGUGACACGAAUUGUCAUUUGUCAUUUUAUUGGCGAGAAGUCUCGUCGAGAAGUCGUCGAGAAUAUGGUUAACAUCAGGAACACAUUACGUGUUUCUGAUGUUAACCAUUUCGACGACUUUACUACUGAUAAGUUUUUUAUACGAGCGAGAUCACCAGAAAAGUCUUCAUUUCGUACACAUUUCGUGAUAAACGAUACAACAAGGAGUGAUCGAUUGGAGAAUAUUUCUGGAUCGAUUGCAAAAUAAAGAAAAAGAAAAUUUCUUACAUUACAAGUCUGUGGACUUGUAAAGUUUAGAUCGAUCCCGUUGAAAGUAUCGACAUUUCUCAGACAAUACCGAAGGCAAAACCGAAGAAAGUCAGCGCGAUCUCUACAUCUGAAAGUGUUUAGGAUGUGUGUUGAAUGUGUUUCAGAUAUAUUUUGGGCUUUCCUGGCCUCUCCAGUUCUUGCAAAACGCGAUAGCGUGUAAUCUCGUGCAGUCAAAUAAUAUAAUAAAAACGAAAAGAAAGUCGCGAGUCUCUUCUGUCCUUUCUAGUCGUACAGUUUUGCUGCAUGGACACGAAAAUUCAAAUUUUUAUUCGAGAUUGUUAUUUGAUUGCAACGAGAGCAUUGACACGACAUUCAAAAAAAUACACAUACGAGAUAAAUCUUUUCAUCGUCCUGUCGCACACGAAUGUGCGGUUAUUUUAACUUUUCAUUCAUGACAUAAAUUGCCGGAUGAAGUACACAAUUGGCAAUGUAUACGAUAAUUAUCUGAAAUCUCGAUAAACGUGUAGAUUGUUUUGUUUGACCGAGGUUAAUCACCUGCUACACAAUUAUCAGAUUGUACAAAAAAAGCGGCGAUGCGGUUCGCCUUAGUCAUUGAAUCUGGGGAACACUUGCACUGACAAAGAUAGAUCGUGAAAUUUCGCUGACGAGAGGACGAGAACGUUAAUUAUCUAUUCCUGUUUUGAUACUAUCGGAACACCAUGCGAUCCAUCUUUUCUGACGUAAGCAAUUACAUUGUACGCAAUUAAAAGCGUCUAUUUGAUACACGAUAAUGUUAAUCUCGCGAUAGAGACGGCAAAUUUUCAGACAAUUGGGAUAUAUAACAUUGAAAACUGAUAAAAUAAUAUAGAAAGGCUUCAGAUAUUUAAAUUCUGAAAUUUUAAUGUUUUUAUCUAAAUGCAACACUUUUUCGCGUACCGACACAGUAUCUAUUCGUGCGACAAGAUUUUAUAUAAAUAUAUAUUUAAUCUAUUGCAAGCAAAACGUGAGAAAAAAUAGAAAAUAAUUAAAACUCCGAUAUUAACGCAAUUAACAGAUGUCUAGAAGACAUUGUGAAGACUUUCAAAAGAUCAAAAUUCUUCUACCCUUUUAGAUAUCUUUCAAUUUGUCUUUUGUUAUAACCAUAAAUAUUUAACAACGGAAUAUGUAAUAAAUAGUACGUCACAUGUUUUUUUUAUCGCUGAUUACAAUCUGAGAGGACGCUGCCUUUUUUAUCAACUUAAAAAUGAAACGAGAUGUUUCAAAUUUGCUUUUAAUUCGUGAGUGAUUGCUUAGCGAUUUAGGAAACGUCAAGCGUAACAUCUCUAUACAACUUCGAAAAUCGAUGACGAUACGGAUCAUUCAUAAAUCAGAGUUUAAUAGCGAUACGCGGCUAAACAGACAAUGACGCGCACUCUUCGGGCCUCGGUAACGGCCCGAAACAAUGCGUUGAUUUAUGAUCGAGGCGAGUUAAUAUUUUUUCCUCAGCGGACAACGAUAUAUUCAUUGAUAUUAAUAAUAUCAUCCCACACGACUGGCGCAAGUAUCUCCGCAAGAUUAAUCACUUUUAAUAAUAGACGAACAAUAGAGUGUCAUUGUAGCCGCUCGCUGCGGAAAUGAAAAUUACACUAUACUACAUAGGCAAUUUUGCAUUCUAAAAUGAUUUUGCAAUUUUAGUCAUCAGUGGUUUUUGUGAUAAUCCCUAAAUCUUUUACAUAAACUAGUCUUUUCACAUAAUUAAAAUUUGCGAAAUAUAUACAUUCUACUAUUUGUUAUGAAAAGUUUCUAAAAUACAAUUUGUAUCGUUACGAAAUCUAUUGAAACGAGAGAAAUAUUACAUCUCUUACAAUUUAAUGGCGUAAAAUAUUAACGUCUGAUGAGACGAGAGCAUCCAAAAUGAAGCUUCUUUUUUUACCUAAUGAUAAUUGCUCUCUCGAAAUGAAACGGCAAACGAUCUCGCCUCACGUUCAUUAUCAUAUUAUCGAAGGACGAUCGGGGUUCAUCACGAAUUUCCUUCCGAGUCCUUCAUUAUUCAUCGGAUAUUAUCGAAUCGAGAAGCAAUCGUUUUUCCGUUUUCUUUAGCAUAAAUUUGCAUCGACGUCGUUAGCCGAUUCGACAAAACGGUCGCUAGCUGACAUUAACAUGUAACACACACAUUGUAGUUUUCGAAUCACAAUUUAUCACUGAUCAGCCGCGGACGCUUGAUACCGAGCAUGUAAAAAAGCUCUAUUGCAUUGCGUACUGCGCGAACUGCAUGCAAAAAGGUUUCGCGGAUUCGCAUACACGCAAUUUAUCGGUGCGUGUACGUUGCUUCGCAUAAUCCGUUUACGACCGUUCGAAGGUAUAUCAUUCUUUUACGCAACAUUUCUUUAUCAAUUUUUAUACAAAAUCAAUCA